ACAAUACGUGAAGGGAGCAAACAAACAUGGUAACCGUGGGGGCAUGCUGAGUACUAUCUUGGUACUUACCCUUACCGAGGCUCGCUGUUAUCGAUAGCGCCAUUUCAACAACUCAAACGAGGGCGGGAGCUAAAUAUUUUCUAGGACCACGACUUAAUACAGAGUUAGGCAAAGCCAAGAUGGCCCCCAUUCAGGACGACAAUGAUAUGCCACAGCUUUCUGCCGGAGCCUUGGAUGCACUGAAAGACUUUUACGGCGAGCGGGAUGCAAGACAGAAACAAUUCGAAGAGUUAAGAGGACAGGCCGAAGAUGAAUUUGAGGGGAAACUGUCUAUGGAAGCUUUUACAGAGGAUUGGAAUGCGAGCCAGUUCUGGUACAGUGAUGAGACUGCAACAGUCCUUGCUCGCCAACUGCUAGAUGGUGCGACGAACGACACGAGGAUAGCAGUUGUAUCUGCUCCGAGUGCUUUCAUUCAGUUGAAGAACUUGCUGGCCUCGGAAGAGUACCAAUGCCAACCACAAAUCAAACUGCUCGAAUACGACGAACGCUUCGCCGUAUUCAAGGAGUUUGUGCGGUAUGACUUUGAAAAGGCGAUUCAGUUGCCAGUCGAGUUGAGAGGCACGUUCGACGCCAUCAUUUGCGAUCCGCCCUUCCUGAGUCAAGAUUGCCAGACGAAAGCUGCCUUGACCGUCCGAUGGCUGGCUAAAGCAUGGAACCCGGAGGCUCUCCGUCUCAUUGUGUGCACUGGCGAGCGCAUGGAGACGCUAGUCACGGAUAAGCUGUAUGGGAAAGUUGGCACGACGACGACCAACUAUGAGAUCAAGCAUGCAAAGGGGUUGAGCAACGAGUUCAGAUGCUAUGCAAACUUUGAGUGCGAUGCAUGGAAAUGGACCGAGUCAUAACGAGCUGCUGGAGCAGGCUUCUCGUAUUACAUGUUUCAAAUGUCAACAUCAAGGCUUGUAUUAAAAUUAGACAGCCCAUAUCAGGCGCAUGGAAUCGGUCAACUGUACACAUUUGAUUGUUCGGUAAUCCUCUGAGAAGGAUGUUCAAGUGCAGCAACAGCACUGGUGAACAUUUGCAUGAGCGGAAC